GUUAUUAACACCUAGUUAUAAAGCGAUUGUGUUCGCUGAAACUGGUUUCUUUUAAAAUUGUUUCCACACAAAGAGUUUAUUAAACUUGAUUUUUUGCGGACGUAACAGCUGGUUUUAUUUUUAAUGGGAAAUGGCAAAAACCUAUGCCACUAAGGGUGGUUACCCAGCUAAACUUAAGAAAGUUUUGAUUGUAACGGCACCGUUGUGGUUUAAAGCUCCAUUCAAGAUUUUGCGGCUUUUUGUACGCGAAAAAUUGCGCGAACGGGUAUACACGGUGUCCAUAGCACAGCUGAGCAGUCACAUACCGAGGGACUCUUUGCCGACCCAGCUGGGUGGCAACCACACUCUGGACCAUGACGCUUGGCUCUUGCGCUGCGCAGAGUCCAUGACCACCAGACCCCAAUCGCCACCCCGUCAAUAUGGCGGAAAGACGCCAUCUCCUCAGAAACUUGUCACUGGUGCGGUCGAAGACAUUGAAAUAUCAUCGGCACCUGCCAAUCACAUAAACGUGGACAGUUGGGCGGAAGAGAACAACCUGAACCCCCCUAGUAGUGCAUCGAGCGGCUUCUCGGACGACGAUUCCCUGCAUGGAGACGGUGCUGCACUCACCAUGCCCCAACUUCUGGACUAUAUCCGAGAUCGGGGAAAGUCCGGUCUUAUGCAGGAAUACGCGGAAAUCCGGAUGCGACCGCCCGACGGCACGUUCAAUGUCGCCAAAACGAGAGCCAACCUGCCCAAAAAUCGAUAUACUGACGUGUUGUGCUAUGACCAUAGUCGUGUGAUUUUGUCCGAAAUAGACGGUGACCGUGACAGUGAUUACAUACACGCGAACUUUGUGGACGGUUAUAAACAAAAAAACGCCUUCAUUAAUACACAGGGUCCUCUGCCAAAAACUACUCCGGAUUUCUGGAGAAUGAUAUGGGAACAACAUUGUUUAGUCAUAGUAAUGACAACGCGGGUUAUGGAAAGGAGUAGACCAAAAUGUCACCAGUAUUGGGAACCAGAUAUUGAUGGAGAAGUUACGUAUGGGAUUUACACCAUAAAAACCGUAGCAAUCGACGCUAAUACAGACUAUACUAACACAAUGUUAAAAAUAACAAAUAAUAAAACAGAAGAAUGUAGAGAAGUGUCACACUGGCAGUUCACGUCAUGGCCAGAUUACGGAGUUCCACAUUCGGCAAGAGCCAUGUUAGAUUUUCUAGAAAAAGUUAGGAAUCAACAAACCGCUAUGGUAGCCGCUUUAGGAGACACGUGGGCUGGACAUCCUCGGGGACCUCCGAUAGUCGUCCAUUGUAGUGCGGGAAUAGGACGGACAGGUACUUUCUGCACCUUGGACAUUUGCAUAUCACGAUUAGAAGACGUGGGUACAGUUGAUAUUAGGGGUACAGUCGAACGGAUACGAUCCCAAAGAGCUUACUCUAUACAAAUGCCCGAUCAGUAUGUCUUUUGCCAUUUGGCUCUAAUCGAAUAUGCCCUUAUGAGAGGGUAUCUCAAGUCCGCCGAUCUAUCGGGUUUCGAAGGAGUCGAUGAAGACUCCGAAUAGCAUAGUUAUGUGUUGUUAGUUAAUUCUUCGAAUGACUCUGAUUACAGAUUAAAUAACAAAUUUUUAAAUGAAUGACGCUGUUUUCCGAUAUAAUAUUAUAUGUAAAUGAAUCGUAUUGUUAAUU